AUGGCACGAAGGGCCUUGAAACUUGCCUCAGUGGCAGCAGCUGCUUCUGGCAUCUAUCUAUAUGGAAACAAGUUCCUGGAUCCCAAUGAUUUCGGAGUUGUCCGUGUGGGCCGAGCCAUUGCCACAACGGCAGUUAUCACCUAUGACUACCUCACAUCUCUCCGGAGCGUCCCAUAUGGAUCAGAGGAGUAUGACUUCCUCAGAUCACAGGUGCACCUGCGCUCUGCUGAGCGCCUCCGGGAGCUGUGCUGCGCCAACCGAGGCACCUUCAUCAAGGUGGGACAGCACCUGGGAGCGCUUGACUACCUGCUGCCUGAGGAGUACACCCGCACCCUCAAAGUGCUGCACAGCCAGGCCCCGCAGAGCACCAGGCAGGAGAUUGAGCAAGUUAUCCGUGAGGAUCUGGGAAAAGAGAUAGAAGAACUCUUCGUGAGUUUUGAGGAUACGCCCUUGGGAGCAGCUUCACUGGCCCAGGUGCACAAGGCAGUGCUGCAGGAUGGAAGAACGGUGGCAGUGAAAAUCCAGCACCCAAAGGUCCAGUCUCAGAGCUCCAAGGAUAUUUUGCUCAUGGAGGUUCUCCUCUUAGUUGUGAAGCAGAUCUUUCCAGAUUUUGAGUUCAUGUGGCUGGUGGAAGAAGCUAAGAAGAAUCUCCCCUUGGAGUUGGAUUUCCUCAAUGAAGGCAGAAAUGCUGAAAAGGUUGCUCAUAUGCUCAAGAACUUUGACUUCCUGAAGGUCCCCAGGAUCUACUGGGAGCUCUCAUCAAAACGCGUUCUGCUCAUGGAGUUUAUGGAAGGGGGACAAGUGAACGACAGGGCCUACAUGGAGAGGAAUGGCAUCAAUGUCAAUGAGAUCUCUCGCAACCUGGGGAAGCUCUACAGCGAAAUGAUCUUUGUGAAUGGGUUUGUGCACUGUGACCCACACCCAGGCAACGUACUAGUGAAGAAAUGCCCAGGAUCUGGCAAGGCCCACAUUAUCCUCCUAGACCAUGGGCUCUACCAGGAGCUGAGCGAGUCAUUCCGCAUGGACUACUGCCGCCUUUGGCAGGCCCUCAUCCAGGCUGAUAUGAAGAGGGUGCAGAAGUACAGCCGACGGCUCGGGGCAGGGGAUUUGUACCCUCUCUUCGCCUGCAUGCUGACUGCCAGGUCCUGGGAGUCUGUCAACAGGGGCAUUGACCGGUCUCCAAUCUCAGCCAGUGAGGACGUGGAGAUACGGUCCAACGCUGCUGCUUACCUACCCCAGAUCACCCAGCUCCUCAACAAUGUUCCCCGCCAGAUGCUGCUGCUGCUGAAGACCAAUGACUUGUUAAGAGGGAUUGAGUCAGCCCUGCACACGCGAGCCAGUGCCAGCUCCUUCCUCAACAUGUCUCGCUGCUGCAUCAGAGCCGUUUCCACGUACCAGAGGAGCAAGAGUCACUCGCUUUACAGGAGAGCCCAGAUCUCAUUCACAGAAGCCCUGAGCCUGUGGCAGAUCAACUUGUAUGAACUCUUCCUGUGGCUGAAGGGGUCCCAGCUGGGGAACUGGGUCAUUGCUCUCCUGAGCUGGAUGCACCAUUCCACGUACUGACACGAACUGGUGGGAGAGGCACGGGUGCUCCUGCCCUCCCUUCUGCUCUCUACGGCACAUUUGCCUUGCUGACUGCUUCUGUCUAUUCUGUGG